CAAGAGGGCGGAGCCAUAUCGAACCAACCCUACUAGACCAAAAUAGGAAUAUCUGUGUCGGAAGUGUCUGUCGAUUAAAAGUGACAUUCACUUUGUAGUUUCACGCUGACAGAGUAAUCAGUCAAGUCGACAUAUGUUUGUUUUUAUUUCGUCCUUCUCGUGUAAUCCCAGUAACUAGACGUCGUUUUCACCGUCCUUCCGUGUUGGAGCUUUUUCCGCUUCGUCAUAGUCAAAAUCCAGCUCCCGUUUGUAAACAUUAGCCUAGCUACUUGGAGACGUGUUGGACUUCGAAAGGACUGAAUUUUACACCGGGGUUUAGUGAAUCCCAUCAGAAACCAUGAAGUUUAUGUACAAAGAAGAACAUUCAUUUGAGAAGAGGAGAUCAGAAGGUGAAAAAAUCAGAAAGAAGUAUCCAGACAGAGUGCCAGUGAUUGUGGAGAAAGCUCCCAAGGCCAGAAUUGGAGAUCUUGAUAAGAAGAAGUACCUUGUGCCGUCGGACCUAACGGUGGGACAGUUCUACUUCCUGAUCAGGAAGAGAAUUCAUCUCAGGGCUGAGGAUGCCCUCUUCUUCUUUGUCAACAAUGUAAUUCCUCCAACAUCAGCAACCAUGGGACAGCUGUAUCAGGAGCACCACGAAGAAGAUUUCUUCCUUUACAUUGCCUACAGUGAUGAGAGUGUCUAUGGAGGAGACCGAAGACAAAGCAUGUAGAUCCCACCGCUUUAAAAAACAAUAAAGACAAGAACAUCAGGGACUUGCAAUAAAAAUAAUGAGUAAAACUGAGGAAAGUCUCCUACCAUUCUGGAUGUACCCUGAUGACCUUUAAUCCAUGUUUAUAGCCUUUUAUUUGUACUCCAGUCUUUAAUCUACAGCAAGGCUUCCCAUUCCAAGCCUCCGCACGCUCAUUUUAGAAUGUCUGUCCUCUUUUGAUACAAGCUCACUUCUUGCUUACAGCUGUUCUAGAACUGUCAAAUCCACAAACACUUAAUGGGAUCAUGAUUUACUUUCGUCGUGUUUUAUUUUCAGAUGCACAGUGGUCGUUGUAUGCAUACGGAUGGUAUGGCAUUGUUUUUUAAAUGUUUCGUUCUUUGCCAUUGUUUAAUACAGUGUGGGUUUGCUGUUUCUUUGUCGAUAGAUGCCACGCAUUUUUCCUUUAUAUGCCAUGCAAACAUGCUGUCAAACAUUGUAUAAAUGUUACCUUGAAACCAAUACAAAAUGUAUAAAAAAAACCAAUGUCUUA